UGAAUUUGUCGGGUUCGCGCAUGCAGACGACGUAUGACCACUUUCUUUCGCCCGCUGGUCGCCUCUCUGGUCGCCAAAGCGUUCGGUUUCACACACAUUUACUUGCGAGAUACCUCUCACCCUACUGACGCCAUGUCUCCCCAGACACACCAUGCAGAACAGAGUCGCGACCACGCUUCAUCUCCACUCGCCGCCGCAUUCGACCCACCACGCGCCUCAACGCCGUCGACUGCGAAUUCGUCCAUAGAUCUCGCCAGCUGGCCGACAGGACCUCAGCAACAACCUACCCAGCGAGUGGAGCUGCCAGGCGCCAAGCGCUCACGACAACCAUCUGGCAGAAGCGACGACGAACGUCGAUUGAUUCCAGAUUACAGCACUCCCGCCGAUGCUGUCGCGCUGCCGAAGCCUGAGACCUGGCCCACAAUCCGAUUGAGCACGGGCGCGACAAUGCCUAAGAAGCCGAGUGCGAAUGGCAGCUUCAAACCUAUCAACACGCUCGAUGGCGAAAAUCUCGGACAUAACCGACCCAGGGUCACAACGUAUAGCAAGUGGGAUCGUUCAACCAAUCCUUUGAUCGGCCACGAGUACCACACAGGACAGAAGACCUACGUCGAGAAUCAACUGAGAAAGAAGCUCACAACGCCUCAUCACCAUGCACCUCCUCGGGAACAUCACGAUCAACGUCUUGAGGGUACUACAUCUGUCAAGCGAAGGAAAAUUCAACAUGAAUCAGAUGAGAUCGUAGAUGAUGACGACCCCGUGGAAAUCUCGCCUCCUCCAAUACGACGUGCGCCAACUUCUCGCUCCCACGAAACCCCGCGUUCGACACAGUCCCCACGGUCACAUCGCAGUCAGGGUAGUGUACGUCCAUCUACUGCGCGCAAAUCAGGUUCCCCGCCACCGAGUGGAUUUAUCGCUACCGGCAAGGUGACUGAUCCACAUCGCCCCAAGAGGAGAAACCCAGGGGGGAGUGUAAGCCACGGUAUCCAGUACCCUCACCAAGAAUCUCAGGAGAAAUUUCCACAUGGCAACCACUUGGAAGCGCAAGACGAUGAAAUUGUGGAACAAGUUCCGAGUUCGAGAAAGCAAAUCCUCGACGGCAUCCAUCAGGGUGUGUUAGAUGGUGUUUUCCAGGGGGGCAGGCCAAGUUCACGCGACCACCACUCUGAAAUAACGUCGCAUCAUCUCCCCCCGAAAGCACGAAUCAACGAGUCUACCGUGGAGGUUGAACAGCUAACGUCAGAUUCACGGGAUGGAUAUCACAGGCAGUCGAAAGAUCUGCGGAAUUAUCGGCCAGCCCAACCUCUGGAUGACAAUGACGAUCCCAUCGACACGAGCGAGGACGAACUGGCAGCAGAUAUGACGACGAAACCUGGAAAGAAAAAGUCUCCCUCGAAGACGGUGACGGCUUCGAAUAAUAGUGCGAGGCGAAAGGAAGGCGGCAAGAUACCCGCUGGUGGCUGGCCCCUGAAUUUCGCACGAACCCAUGGUUUUGAACAGAGGGGACCAGACAUUUGGCUGAGGCGAGGCACUUCCAGUAAGGGGUUCCGAGUCGUUGGCAGAGGCACUGACGGCAAUCUACAAACGUUGAACGACGCACUGGACUUUAGUCAUGUCACCAAACUAUUGACGGACGACGUAUCUCGAAUUCGGCUCGAAGGACCUCGUUCGCGAAACGGAAAUUUAUUCGUCUUCGAUCUCGAGUUUGUAGAAUACGCCGACUUUGAAUACUUCUACGAGAUCAUUGCCAAACCCGACUGUCGAAGCCAGAUAUCGAAGGAUCAAUCUCAUUUGAUAAAGCUGCACGAACUGCCUCUUCAGACGAACAACAAAGUCGGCCAAUCGCCUUUGGUGCUUGGGGACUACGUGCGGUCUAAUCAGGAGCAGAGUAAUGGCCAACAAAGUGGAUUGAAGCCUACGUUGAUGGAUCAAUUGAGGCAGUCUUCCAGUUUAAAAUCAACGUCGCAGCCCAACGAUGGGAAAAAAACUGCGCAGUCUUCUACAAGAACCUUGACCCGACCACCUCGUUCUACGAGGUCGGGGGCGCCAACCCAUGACUUGGAGAAUACGAACGACGUACGAAAAGUGAAUAAGAGUGUCUCCAAAUUCUCCAUCGAGAAAGGCUUAGGACCUAGAUGGCACAAGUCACUUUCGUAUGGCUCAGGUCGGCAGAGGAGUGAGGUCCAUCAAAACGAUCUUACUCGUCUCGAUGAUGACGAAAUGUUGAACGACAACUUGGUCGACUUCUACUUGAGCUACAUGUUCGACAAGCACAAUGUCCCGGCAGAAAAGGUGUACGUGUGGAAUACCUUUUUCUUCCCGACGCUGACCGUAAACACUGGUCGGUCGAGCAUCAACUACAAAGCAGUAGAGCGUUGGACUGGGAGGGCCGACAUGUUCAGCUACGACUACAUCGUCGUCCCGAUCAACGAAUCCUUCCAUUGGUAUCUUGCCAUCAUCUGUAAUGUGUCUAAGAUCGAUCGAGCACCAGUCAUCGAAAACUUCGACGAGGGUCUUCCUCACCCAACAGAAAAACCCGCCGAACUCGGAACCGAGGACGAAACAAGCACAGAGCAUGAAGUCACUGAUGUGCCGCAGCCUCUCGAUGGUCCUCAGCUCUCGACCCCCGCCCCAAAAGGCUCUGCUUGUCUGAUCGACGAUGAUCCUAAUCUAUUUGACGAGGAGAAAGAACUCCGUCUGGUGGAUCGCGAUGACGCGGGUACGGAGUCCAACUUGGAUCACAUGGACAAUCGCGAAAAGACAUCACAAUCUCCACCACGAGCAGAGGCUGCUCAUGUACCACACGCCGCCACUGAUUCGCAUACGGCCUCCGCGGCCAAUGUCUCUACCUCCAAUCCACCGUUAACCAAGAAAAAGGGUAAGAGCAAACCCAGACAGCAGAGAAAGGAUCCAGACCAGCCUGUCAUAAUCAUUCUCGACUCGCUCAGCCAUACACGCACUGGGACCACCCGCGCCCUGAAAGAGUGGCUCAGGCAAGAAGGCAAGACCAAACGUGGCAUGGAAGCGGAGAUCAAGGAGAACGGCCACUAUCCCAAGGAACCUCUGAUUCCUACGCAACAAAACCUUACCGACUGCGGUGUCUAUCUGCUGGGCUAUGCUGAAAAGUUCUUCCGGAACCCUGACGAAUUCAAGAAUAGGUUGCUCACCGGUGAGAUGACGACUGAGACGGAUUGGCCAGAUAUGAAGCCGACGGAGAUGCGGAACAAGAUGCGUGAGACUCUGUUUGAGCUUGCGGACCAGCAGAAGGUGAGAGACAAGGCGGCGAGGAAGGCGAAGAAGACUGCGGAAAAAUCGAAGACCGCGCCAACGCUCGACAAGCCAGAGCCCGCCAAACCAAUGCUUGCGGAACCUCAGCCUGAGGAUGCGGUAGCCAAAGAGUCAGAGGCUCCAAAGGUGGAGGUUACGGGAGUCGAGUCCGCCAAAAGGGAAGAGGUGGAAUCGGACGUAUCGCCUCCAGCUGCAGCUCAAAACGCUAGACUUGGCUCGCCUUUCAACUACAUAUCGCAGCCUGCUGAACCUAGUCCCCAUCUACAGUCGACAGAAAACGUGUACGUCCCCAAAGUAUCGGAUUCUCCACCAAUUGCAACGUCACCCAUCAAGCCGGCAUCCACUACCCCACAAGCGAAACCUUCACCAAGAAAACGCAGUCCGGAGGUGCGCAUAUCGACCAAGCAUACACCGUCGCACACAACGAACGGCAACAGUCCAGCGGCAGGUUUGCAUAUUUCCGCAACUACCUCUCGUUUGAUAAGUCCGAGCAGGAUACGACAACACGACGGAUCGAACGAUAGGGAGCGCCUUCACAUAGUGAAACCGCCUGUGAAGUCACCGGAGCUUACACAGCAGAGAGUACGAGGUACCUCGGUGAAUCCCAUCGAGAUUGGCGACUCGCAGGAUUUAUCACAAAAGGACACCGUGGAUCACGCUUCUGCACCUGUUGCGAAAAGCUCGCCAGCGCAGCGCAGACCGCCUUCAAGGUCUUUUAUACCGCUCCUACGCCACUCACCGUCCGUUGUAGAAGUCUACCCACCUACCCACACGCCAAAAAUUGAGAGAACAAAGCGGAAUGUAGCAGGCAACGAGUACUCAAGGAACGAUCUUGAGGUGCAACUCGAAAUGGCUAUCCAAAAUCGCGAUGGCACGUCGCGCGAUCAGGCCAUCGCGCUAGACCGUACGCAAGAGUCAGACGCUGGGUUUGACAUGAUGGAUGGGGUGCAGGGAUCGGAGGCGGCUACUCAGGAUGUGGAUGUGGAAAUGGUGCCAAUUGACGAUGUGGAGAAUACACAGGAUACAGUGGUUGCGGAAACGCCGGAGCGGAAUAGGUCGAGUCCGCCAGCUGCUAUGGAAAUCGAUACGCAGGUGCAGACGGGAUGGGCGCCGGGUGAUAUGGUCAAAAAGGUUAUGGGCUUGGAGUGAUGGGCG